AUGGGUGGCUCGCUCGACUACCUGAUCAACAAUGCAGCUUAUGUGUCCCACCUUACGACGGGGAAAUUUCUCGAUGAGUUCGAAAGCGACCCGACACUGCUAGACGAUGACAUAAAGACAGCGUUCAUCACAAACGUCGUCAGAGUCAUCAACACCACCAAUGUCCUCCUACCCUUGAUCAAAAAGAGCCAUAUCAAGAAAGUAGUGGGGCUGAGUUCUGGAAUGGGGGAUCUGGACUUUGUCAAUGAGCUUGUGCCUGGGAUAGAAGGGCUUGUUAAGAAGUUUUUGAAAGCGGCACCUAACUUUCCGGGUCCAAUGACACCCCUUGAGUCUGUCGAACAAGUGCUAAGUGUGGUGAACGCGAAAAGUGUGGAAAAUGGUGAUGGAGGAGCCAUUAUAUCCCUCCGUGGGGGCAAGACAUGGUUCUAA